UCAAGAAGAAGAAGUACCAGUAACAGAAGAAGAAGAAGAAGAAAAAAGCUAUAGCAUCCAACAUGGCGGCGGAGCCGAAGGCUUUGAUGCAAAGCCAGCAGAGCUGGACAGAUGACCUGCCUCUGUGUCAGAUGUGUGGGGUCGGCACAGCGCCCAACUGUGUGUACAGCCCCGAUGGGAAAGGAACUCAGAGCCACCCCAUGGAAGAUAGACAUCUCAGGCUGAGAGGCGAGGAAGGCUGUUUCCUUUAUGCCGUUUUUAACGGUUAUGAUGGCAACAGAGUGGCGGACUUUGCAGCCCAGUGCCUGACAGCUGAACUCCUACUUGGGCAGCUAAACUCAAGUCACACGGACAACGACGUCCGCAGGAUCCUCAUUCAGGCCUUUGAUGCGGUGGAGAAGAGUUACUUUAGUACAAUAGACGAGGCUUUGGCUAGGAAAGCCCACCUUUCCAACUACGUCAUGCCACACAAUGAGAGUCAGAAGGUCCAGGAGCGCCUGAAGGAGUUGGAGCAGGAGGUGUCAGGAGGAGCUACGACUGUGGUGGCACUGAUUCUCAGCAAUAAGCUCUACAUCGCCAAUGUUGGUACAAACAGAGUUCUGCUCUGUAAGUCCAGCAGCGACGGCCAGAACCAGGUUCUUCAGAUUGGACGGCCACAUAGUACUGACAAUGAGGAGGAGCUACAAAGGCUUGCUGCCCUGGGUGUGGACACGGCCCGCAUAAGACAAGCAGGACAAAUAGCUGGACAGAACAGCACCAGGAGGCUGGGAGACUACAGACUAAAGAUUAACUACAAUGAAAUAGAUCUGCUCAGUGUGGCCACUGCGAAGCCCAUCAUCGCUGAGCCAGAGAUCCCUGGCAGCCACUCUCUGGACAAUGUUACUGGAUUCUUGCUGUUGAUGUCAGAGGGCCUAAUAAAUGCCCUUGAGUCUGCCCAUGGUCCAGAACAGGUCAAUCAGGAAAUUGUGGCCAUGGUAGCAGCAGAGCUGGCCCAGCAGUCCAGUUUGGAGGCAGUGGCUCAGUCUGUGGUGGAGAGGGUCAAGAGGCUUCACCACGACGUCUUCGCGUCCGGACGUCAGAGAGCAGCCUACUGCUCUCGACACGAGGACAUGACCCUGCUCAUUCGCACAAUAAAUUACCCGCUGGCGGAUGCAGCGCUCACACCCACACAAGGUGGUCGUAUCUAUCCAGUUUCAGUACCGUAUUCUAACAGCCAGAGCACCAGUAAAACCAGCGUGACCCUCUCGCUGGUGAUGCCAUCUCAAGGUACCCUAACCAACGGGACUAACACCGCCUCCACAUUAGAAGAAGGCACCCCCACACCCGGCAGUCAGAGCCCCACAGCCACGCUGCAGUCCACCAACACCCAGACACAGAGCUCCAGCUCCAGCUCAGGAGAUGGAAGCCUCUUUCGUCAGAGGGGGAGCCAGGCAGCGCAGCCCGAUGAGACGGGCAGGGUCCCCCCCUACGUGGACUUCAGUCAGUUUUACCGACUGUGGGGAGCAGACAACAGCGACAGCCGAGGCCCUCUGGGAGGCCUGGGACCGCAGUGAGGAGAAAGGUCUGCAGGUUUUGGCUACAAGAGGGGCAGGAACUAUGAGAACAGUUUACUAUUAUUAUUUGUUUUUACAUGUGGAAUAAUGAACAAUAACCCAAUGAUGUACUGCAAAAGAAACUAAAUGACCUUAUGCAGGUUUGUGGAAAUAACUUGGAAGGGACUGAGCUUCCUAUUAUUUUGCAAUGAAACUAUGAGGAAGUGGUGUCACCCCACACCAAGUUAAUGUUUGCUUUUCUUUAAAACACAAGCCGUCACGAUUCAGUAACUGUGAUACAGGUUGUUGAAGUUUUUGGUGAAUGCAAAUCCAGGACCUGGGCGAUAAUGUUCUUCAAGGCCUUAAACUGUAAUGAGUGAAUGAAUGAAUAUGAAAGUACUUUUUUUAUUUGCUGUCAAAAUAUAUUCUAUCUUCAGAUAAUUUAA